AUGACCACUCUGCAGAACCAAGGCAGUGUUGGCUACAUCUCCCUGCCAAAGCUCUAUAGUCGCGUUGUCCCGCACAGCACGAGAAACGAUUGUCGUUUUCAGCACGGGACAGAUCCUGCACCCUCUCGCUGCAAUAUGGCGACAGAGUUUCAUAACCUCCAGGAGCUGAGGCACAAUGCGUCGCUGGUUACAAAGGUGUUUGUGCAGAGAGACUACAGCGAAGGAACCGUCUGCCGCUUCCAGACCAAGUUCCCCUCAGAGCUCGACAACAGGAUUGAGCGAACCUUACUUGAGGAGACGGUGAAGACCCUGAACUCAUAUUAUGUGGAGGCUGAAAAAAUUGGAGGUCAGUCGUACCUGGAAGGAUGUCUGGCUUGUGCAACAGCUUAUAUCGUCUUCCUCUGCAUGGAGACACGCUACGAGAAGGUUCUGAAGAAGAUAUCAGGAUACAUCCAGGAGCAGAACGAGAAGAUCUACGCUCCUAGAGGUCUACUGCUCACAGACCCCAUAGAGAGAGGGAUGAGGGUUCUAGAGAUCAGUGUGUUUGAAGACCGGGGCUCGGGCAGCUCCAGUCCCAGCAGCAGCAUGUCGUCGGCAGGCAGCAGCGCUCGGUGACUGGAGGGGCAGCGCCAGGCUUACGGGUACCACCACAGGGGCAGCGGGACUCUUACCAACAUCCGCAUGCUGAAACAUGAGAGCACCAGGUUCUAAGACGAGUGGAGAGCAAAAGGCGAGGAGGUGAUCCACAGCAUUCACACUCUCCCUGCUGGGGCCUACAACGUACCACCACGAGAACAGGAGCUGUCUUACACAAACAUACUGGAUAACCGAAUAAACACAACAGAACCCACACAUAGGCAGUAGACACAUGCACAAGCCAAAAUCCAGAGUGUCUGUGAGGGAAUAUCUUUCAUUCUCCAACAGUCAUCCAAACCAAAAUCUUUUGUUCCAGUUCUUUCUUUCACCAUUUCUCUCAUUCCAUCACGUCUGUUCCAUGAGUCACACCAUCUCUGUUGUAUAGCUGAUGCAGCGGGCUUACUCUUGAUUAGACUGGAUGUCAAUGCUUGAUUGUUUCCAGGGGGGUCACUGUCACUUUGUCUCUCUGCUGACGCAUAUGCAGUGUAGUCUGAUGUCUGUGCAGCAGCUCUGACAACUUAAAGGAGGAAAACUACUAACCUCCUGGGAGACCCAGUGUUCUCCGGUCUUGCUGAAUGAUUGCAUUCAUGUCAGGUGGUUGGGGUCAAGCUGCUUUGAAUGCUGGCAAAUUGGGCCUGCUGUGGGAUCGCUCAGUUCUAUGCUCUGUUCACAUGCAUUUGGCUUCAAUAUCAAACAGCUAACAGAGAGCACCUUGGAUUAUUUAUCCCUCUCAUUCACAGCAGUGGAUACUAGUGAUCCACAUCGCAGCUGCAGGUCACACUCCUACAUGCACGCACGCACACACACACAUGCAUAUCAUGUACACAACCCUGCCCAAGUACUCAUGCAGACCUUAGCGAGGAGACAUGCACGAACAUGCAUACUGUAUAUACACAUAACUGUGGCUAGUGGCCAUGCGUUCCUGCACACAAAAUUCUGGCAGACGUGGAGUUGGAGUCAAUCCUACAGACAAUAUUCUCUGUGGUCUCAGCUCAUUGGGAACGCAAGCAAACUCAGGCCCUGUAAGACUAUGCUUGUUUCCCUGGUAGUGUGUACGUAUAUCUGGUCUAAGGUCUAAAAAUAUCUUAUAUUCAAUUUUUUAUAAAUAUAAGCCUUAAAAGUCUUUGAGUAGUGUUAAACAUGAUAGACAGGAAUUCGAUCCAGGCACACCAAAACACAUUUCAACCACUACUGGCCUUUGUCAGGGUUUUAAAAACAGUUUUUAAAGGCCUGAUGAAGACCUUCAGUGGCCGAAAAAUGUUGGCUCUUUUAAAGAUUUAGCCAAUACAAUAAAGUCUUUUUAAUCUUUCCCUCCUUGUUGAUAUAUUUUUGGAGUUCCUGGAUUUCUUUUCUAUGUAUCCUUUGUUGUACCCUUUGUUUCCCCAUGAGCACUCAACAUAAGGUUCUGAUUUAUGUUUGAUCAUACAGAGCAAACAGUCAUCUUUUUUUCAAGUGUUAAAUAUUAAUUUCAAAGUCUUAAUUGCCACAAACACUCUAUCUAAUUUGAUACAUCCACCUUUUAAUUUAUUUUUGUCAAAAUGAGUCGAGCUCUUCUGCAUCAAAGUGCACAUUUCUGAUGUUGGAAAUCUUAAAACCCACCAUUAAACCUAAAUUGUGUCUUUAUACUUGCACUUACGUGUUUGUAAAACAUAGAUUAACCUGACUCACUCUAAUAACCAUAUUCCUACAUAAAACCGAUAUCUACACAGAAACACAUAAAUGCUACUUACCUUCAAGAAUACCUGCACUGGUUGAAUUGGAAAAAGAUUUACCCCCCAAAAGAAUUUUAAAUUUGGUUAAAAAUUAUUUUGAUAAGGUUUUAGAAAGCAUUAAAAUGAAGGGGCUGAUAAUUGUGUGUGUGUGUGUGUGUGCGCCAUUAGUCUUUGCCUUACCUAGUGUGAGAUGAAAGCUUGCUAAUCAUGAAGGAAAUGUCAAAAAGCAAGGAUUGGUGUCUCAAAUGACCAAAAUGAAACACACAAUGUAUGUUAACCACUACCAGUACUACCAGUGUGGAUGACAGGGUUGUGUGUGUGUAUGUGAGUAUAGGUGUUUGCAGGAGAAUCAGCACGCAC